CUGGAGGAAGUGCAGUCGUAUUGGUGGAAGCCGCUGGAAACCGGAGCAGACUGUAGAUAAACGGUGUCAGCAUCAGCAGCAGGUCGGUUCACCGCUGUGGAGGGUUAAACACACGGACUGUGAGACUGUGACGAAGAAGAACAAGAGGAAGAGGAAGAGGAAGAGGAAGAAGAAGAAGAAGAAGAAGAAGAAGAAGAAGAAGAAGAAGAAGAAGAAGACAGUGAUGGCCGAUGAUCUGUUCGACAGUAUCGUGCUGGCAGAUGAAAAGUUCCGGGGGGAGGGGUACCGGGAGGGCUUCGAGAGGGGAACCCGCCGAGGACUGCAGGACGGCCGCAGACAUGGGGCCUCUCAUGGGGCCAAACUGUCCACCGAGAUUUCCUUCUAUUAUGGAUUUGCCAUCACAUGGAAAUGUCUCCUCCAAAAUAACACAGAUGUCAAAUCCAGGAAGCGUCUGAGAGCUCUGGAGGCUCUCUUGGGUUUGAUCCAGAACUGCCCUCAGGACGAUCCUCAGUCAAAAAAGCUACAGGAGGACAUGGAGAAGCUUCGCGCCAAGUUCAGACAGGUCUGAUCUGCUCUGGACUGAGGUCAGCUGCUUUAUCAGUGACAUGAACCAGAGACAGCUGAGACAGGAGAUGGUGCACUUCACAUCAUUUCCUGGAACUGUGUCACAUGGUUUCUCCACCUCCCCGCCCCUUCAGGAGACCAGCAGCAGAUCUAAGUCAGUUCACUCCAAUGGGAGACGUGAACCUGAAUCACAGAUUAUGAUUCACACGAGCCACUGAAAUAAAUGUUGGACCAAUUUCUCACAAGCUGCAGAUCUUCAGAACAUCCUGACAUUAAAAUUACACUUUCAGGACGGAUCAAGAGAAAAUUAACUUCAUUCAGAUCUAUCAACUGAGACAGAGACAGGUCUGAAUAAAGUUAGAAUCAAGAUCUCAUGAGAUCUCACAGCGCAGAUCUCUUCUCUCUGUUGGUUGUGGCUCUGGUUUCCUUGCUGCCGUAGAGCUACUGUCACUUUCCAACCACAGAAGUUAAGAGGGACUGCUAUACGUGCAACCAUGAAUUAAAAGAUUAAACUGAAAUAAAACUUGUAUUUCUUUGCUUUAUAAUACUAUUAUUGUUAUUAUUAUUGAACUGUUUUUGGAGGGAAAACACAGAGUAUCAGACUGAUAUGAUCUUGUGCUGGGUUGAUCAGAUAUAAGCCAGCAGAUAAAAACGAGCAGCAAAAUCAGGCGCAAAAUCGUAUCUAGUGUUGUAUUGUACUGUUGUUAUGUUUCGACAUGAACAAACAAUCACGACCACGUAGAGACAGGAAGUCUAACCAUGUCUUACCAUUGCCGCUGCCUGUAAUGCGUCAUCUUUGAGUGAACGCCCUCCAGCUGACCUCUGUGUGCCGUC